GGAGGUAUAAAAGAAAGAACACCAAGAUAUUGAUAUUGAGAAGCUACAGCCAUAGCCAUUUUAGAGGUCUUAAGUAAUGAAGAAGCUGAUGGUUCACUUAAAGGAGGGAUUCUGGAUGGAUGGCUGCUGGAAGCUCAUUGCUAUAGCUGGCUCUUCUUCAAUACAUAAGGACGUAUACUGGCAUUGAGUAAUGAGAAUUUCGAAACCACACCUGAGAAGUCCUUCCAUCCAGUGCUACUUGUGUCUACUUUUAAACAGUCAUUUUUUAACUGAGGCUGGCAUACAUGUCUUCAUUUUAGGCUGUGUCAGUGCAGGGCUUCCCAGAACAGAGGCCAACUGGUGUGAUGUAAUACAGGAUCUGAAAACCAUCCAGCAACUUAUCCAAGCUAUACACAUUGAUGCCACUUUAUAUACUGAGAGUGAUGUUCAUCCCAAGUGCAAAGUGACCGCGAUGAGAUGCUUCCUGCUGGAGUUUCAAGUCAUUUCACAUGAGUCUAGAAAUGUGAACCUUAGUGAAACAGUGCACAAUCUCAUCAUCCUGGCCAACAGCAGCCUGUCUUCUAACGGGAAUAUCACGGAAUCGGGGUGCAGAGAAUGCGAGGAACUGGAGGAGAAGAACAUCAAUGAAUUUCUGCAGAGUUUCGAACAUAUUGUACAAAUGUUCAUCAACCCUUCCUGACUGCAGCGGACUGGCGUCCACGUCUCUACCAUUAGCAAACGUCUUUCUGCUGUGGAGAGGCCGGGAACACUGCAUUGGGACAUGCUGCCAGAAGCAGUCUUUCAAGCUAGAAAGCGAUCAGGAUCACGUAUCACAUGCAUGCUAGGGAUGAAGACAGAUAAAGGUCUGAGAAGCAUGCUGUCUAGGAACUGUUCUCAGACUUAUUUUGCCCAUUUAUUUUUAAUUUAUUAUCGACGUUGUAUGUGUUUGUAAUAUAUUAUAAGAUCGUGAAUAAAAGUAUACCUGCUUUAUCCAUGGAAA